AUGCUCACAUCUCUGAUGCUUAGGAGAACUGAAAUCCCAACACCACAGAGCAAUAGCUAAACCAGGGAAUUCUACAGUCCAUGCAUAUAAGAUUGAAAAAGCUGAUUGACCAAGAAACAGCCUAUCAGGCAAAAAAAGAGAAGGAAAACAACGAGAAAAUAACUAAAUUGAAAGAAGAACUGACAAAACUGAAAUCAUUUGCUUUAAUGGUGGUGGAUGAACAGCAAAGACUUACAGAACAGUUGAACCAACAAAGUCAAAAAAUCCAAGAGCUAAUCACUACUGCAGAGCAAGUACACGAGAAACUCACCAUCGCUGAAGCAAAAGCAGAAGAAGAGAAGCAGAAAGCCAUCAGGCUGGAAGCAGAAUUGCAAGCGCAAACCAAUAAGAUUUCCCAAGAACAAGAAACAAUGAUGGCCAAACUAACCAAUGAAGACAGCCAGAAUCGCCAGCUCCGGAUAAAAUUAACAGCACUCACUCGACAAAUUGAUGAAUUAGAGGAGACUAAUAAGUCUUUACGAAAAGCAGAGGAAGAACUGCAAGACAUAAGGGAAAAAAUUAAUAAAGGAGAAUGUGGAAAUUCCACUCUUAUGUCUGAAGUAGAAGAAUUACGGAAACGUGUCCUGGAAAUGGAAGGUAAAGAUGAAGAGCUCAUAAAAAUGGAAGAUCAGUGUAGAGCGCUUAAUAAAAAAUUAGAAAAAGAAGCAGAACAAAACAAGAACUUUAAAGCAGAAGUUGACAAACUCAACAAAAGAAUUAUGGAGCUGGAGAAAUUAGAAGAUGCUUUCAACAAGAGCAAACAAGAAUGUUACGCUCUGAAAUGCAAUCUAGAAAAAGAAAAAAUGUUAACAAAGCAAUUGUCUCAGGAAUUGGAAGGCUUAAAAGCUAGAAUUGGAGAGCUUGAAGCCAUUGAAAUCAAGUUAGAAAAAACAGAAUUCACACUCAAGGAAGAUUUAACUAAACUGAAAACAUUAACGGUCAUGCUUGUGGAUGAAAGAAAGACAAUGAGUGAAAAAAUAAAGCAAACAGAAGAAAAGUUACAAUCUACAACUUCCCAACUUGAGGUGGAGCAAAAGAAAGUGAUGUCAGUUACAGAAAAACUAAUUGAGGAAAGUAAAAAGGCACUGAAAUCAAAAUCUGAUGCAGAGGAAAAAAUGUCCAGUGUAACAAAGGAAAGGGAUGAACUGAAAAAAAAACUAAAAGCAGAGGAAGAGAAAGGAAAUGAUCUCUUUUCCAAGGUAAAUAUUCUAAGGAAAAGGCUUCAGUCACUAGAAGUCACUGAAAAAGAGUUUCUUAAAAAUAAACUCAAAGAGACAACUAAAUCAAGCACAUCCUUACAGCAGGAGAACAACAAGAUUAAAGAACUUGCCCAAGAAGUUGAGAGGCUGAAAAAUAAGCUGAAAGAAAUGAAGGCCAUAGAGGAUGAUCUCAUGAAAACUGAAGAUGAAUUUGAGUCUCUAGAGCGAAGAUACAUCAAUGAACGAGACAAAGCUAAAUUUCUAUCAGAAGAACUGGAGGUUGUAAAAAUGGAACUGGCUAGGUAUAAAUUAGUAGAGAAGGCCGAGUCCAACCAAGAACAGUGGCUUUUCAAAAAACUUAAAGAAGAAGCAGCAAAGUCAGGGCACCUGUCUAGAGAGGUAGAUGCAUUGAAAGAGAAAAUUCACGAGUACAUGGCAACAGAAGACCUAAUAUGUCAUCUGCGGGGUGACCAUAUGGUCCUACAGAAGAAACUCACCCAGCAAGAAAACAAAAACAGGGAGUUAGCAAGAGAAAUGGAUAGCCUUACCAAAGAAUUAGAGAGAUACAGACGCUUCAGUAAGAGCCUUAGACCGAGUCUUAAUGGAAGGAGAAUUUCUGACUUGCAGGUUUUCUCUAAAGAAGUCCAGACAGAUCCAGCAGACAAUGAACCACCUGAUUACAAGAGCCUUGUUCCUUUAGAACGAGCAGUCAUAAAUGGGCAAUUGUAUGAAGAGAGUGAUAAUGAAGACGAAAACAAUGAUGAGGAGCAAACAGUGUCUUUCAAAUGCAAUUCAUCCGUUGCAAAUGCAGUAAACAAAAAGUUAUGGAUCCCAUGGAUGAAGUCCAAAGAAAGCCAUCCUCAAAAUGGAAAAAUUCAUGACAAACAGAAUGGAAAUUGUGCACAGCCACGAGACUUAGUUCUAAGUCAUACACCUGGUCAGCCUCUUCAUAUAAAGGUUACACCAGACCAUGGACAAAACACAGCUACCCUUGAAAUAACAAGCCCUACUACAGACAGUCCUCACUCUUACACUAGUACAGCAGUUAUACCCAACUGUGGCACACCAAAGCAAAGAAUAACCAUUAUUCAAAAUGCCUCUUUAACACCUUUAAAAUCAAAAAUAGCUGAUGGUUACAUGAGUCCAGAGCAAGCCGUGCCACCUAUCACAUUGGCUACUUUUGCAAGAUCUCAAACUCCUGAAUCAUGUGGCUCAAUAACUCCAGAAAGGACAAUGUCUCCGUUGGCUCUGACAGGUUCUUCAAGUUCUCCGGAACAAAUGCUUUCUCCAGAGCCUUUGGAAAUUGGUGCCAAGCAUACUCUUUUUAGAGUAUCCCCAGACAGGCAAUCGUCAUGGCACUUUCAAAGAUCUAACAGCACUGGUUCAAGUGUAAUAACUACUGAGGAUAAUAAAAUCCAUAUUCAUUUAGGAAGUCCUUAUGUUCAGGCUCUUGCUAAUUCAGCAAAACCUUGUACUCCAAUUCAGGAUAACAGAACUCCAGCACUAACUAAUGGAACACCCAGUAAGCCUACUAGUAAAAUCACAAGCAGUAUCACAAUCACACCAACAGCCACUCCUCUCCCACGGCAAUCACAAAUUACAAUUGCUGAUGUAUUCCAUCGUACAAUUCCUACUCGGAUUCCCAAACCAAAGUCCAUGAGCACGACUAAAUUACCUGUGAAAACACCUACUGGGCAUCUUAACAAACCACUCCAAGAAAUCAAUGCUGGAAAGCGACACAUCAUGAGAACUGUAUCUAACACUUACCUUCAAAAUGGAGGGAAGAGGUAAACAACUCUCUGCAAUGUCCAGGAGUAAAAUAUAUUUGUUGAGUAAUGUGAAUCACUGUAGCAAUUACUUCUAAGGGCUGUUUCAGAAAAAGGUGAUGUUUCCACAAGUAGUGAGAUAAAACUAUUCACAGGUCUGUAAAAAAAGACUGCAACACUCAUGCAUCAGUAACACUCUCUGGACCAAACUCUGCUCUCGGUGCUCCAGUGUAAAUCCUGAUUUACCGCAAGUUUAAUGGCAACAGAAUUUGGCCCUUACCAUGAAGUGACAAAUUAAAUUGCAAAAUGAGUUUCUAUUAUAAACCAAAAUUUGACACACACCCCUCUGCGACUAAUAACCACAACCUUAAUUCCACCCUAGCAGAUUUACAGCAAUGAUUACAAUCAUAAUGACAAGUUAUCACACAAGGAUUUUGUUUUCAGUUGGUCUUAUGAAAUUGUGUUUCAAUGUGGAUAUUUUUAGGUUCAAAUUUAAGUGAGAGAAGAUAAUACUUGGCAAACUAUCCCGAUACAAAUGAAAGAAAGGAAGAUAGUAACAGAGCAACACGAACGUACACAGAGUUCUUUAAUGAACGGAAAAGCAAAGAGAAAUCCUACAAAGUGGAAAUAUGGACAAAUUGCUAAGGAUGACUACAAAAGAAUAGCACAAGCAUGUAGGGACAAAAUCAGACAGGCUAAGGCACAAAAUGAGUAACAUUUAGCAAGGAACAUAAAUGGCAAUAAGAAGAGAUUCUAUAAAUAGAUUAGGAGCAAGAGAAAGACUAAGAAAAAUG